AGGAGGAGGAUUCUGCGGGUUGGAGAAUGGAGUCACUCCUUCACAUGAAUGGCUUAUUAAAGCUGUUUCAGUAGCUUCAGCAGCAGCUUCACCUCCUCUCUGUGAGGAUUAACGGAGCCGGGCGCUUUCACGGCUGCUGUCAGGAAACACGGGGCUAGCUUAGCUGCAUUUGUUUUGCUACAUAGCCAGUUAGCUCUUGGCUAGUCGGUAAGCUAGCAGCCUGUCACCGCUAACUUAAAAAGAACACUGCUUUCAGUUGCUGUGCUCAGGAAACCGGCGUGAAUCUCAUGUCCAGCGAGGGCUUCUCUCCCCGGGAAACUCCGGGAACGAGUCACUGUCACAAUGUGUCCGAGCUCAGUCUCACCGAGUAACGGGACAAGCCUCCGAUAAGUAGCUCGUCAUACUGAGGUAGCUCGGCAGACUUAGCUCCAGCUCAGCACCGUGCACACCUCCGGCAGAGGAGCACAGUGAGAGGACUGUCCGGGUUUGGGUUGGAACGAGCUAACGGGACCAGCAUCAGCUAACCGAGGCUACCCAGGCUACCCAGCAUCCGACGGGACACCGUGUCCGGGGACCAUGGCGAACGUCACCGACCUGCAGACCAAAUACAGCAAGCUGGCACAGGAGUACUCCAAGCUCCGUGCCCAGAAUCAGGUGCUGAAGAAGGGAGUGGUAGAUGAACAGGCCAACUCUGUCUCGCUAAAGGACCAGCUGAAGCAGAGGGACCAGAGCCUGAGGAAACAGGAGCAGGAGAUGGACAGUCUCAGCUUCAGGAACCAACAACUAGCCAAGAGGGUGGAGCUUCUACAAGAGGAGCUAACCACCAGUGAAGCCAAGGGCAAAAAGGGGAAGAGUAAAGGAGACUCUCCCUCACAGCAUGGCCUGCAGACACAGAGUGUAUUUGAUGAGGACCUGCAGAAGAAGAUAGAGGAAAAUGAGCGACUUCAUAUCCAAUUUUAUGAAGCAGAUGAGCAGCAUAGGAGGCAGGAGGCUGAGCUGAGCACACGACUCCAGGAGCUGGAGAAAGACUCUGAUCAGCACCAGGCUGUUGUGGACGGACUCACCACUAAGUACAUGGAAAAUAUCGAGCGGCUGCAGAGCGACAAGGCGCGUUUAGAGGUGAAAGCACAGACUCUGGAGAGGGAAGCAAAAGAGUGCAGAAUGCGAACAGAAGAGUGUCAGCAGCAGUUGAGGCGGUGCCAGUCGGAGCUGAGCAAACAGGUGAAACAGAGCAGCAGUGUUAUCCAGGAGAAAGUGCCCUUCAAUGACACCAAAUUUAGUGACUACAACAGCCUCAAUGUUCCACCACACAAUCGACGGCACCAGCUUAAGUCCCGGGAUGUGGCAGGUCAGGCUUUGAGCUUCAUCCAGGACCUGGUCGCUGCUCUGUUGAACUUCCACUCGUACACCGAGCAGAGAGUUCACAUCUAUCCCCUGGACUCCUCCAUUGAGCCCAUCUCGCCUCUGAACCAGAAGUUUUCUCAGUACCUUCAUGAGAAUGCAGCCUAUGUGCGCCCCCUGGAGGACAGCUUCCUGCAGUUACACCAAAGCAUCACAGAGGACACCGUCACAGUAUUGGAGACUGUGGUGAAGCUGAAGACCUUUGCUGAUAAUUUCUCCUCGUACACCCACUUCCUGCAAAAGAUCCUUCCCUACCAGCUGAAAAGCCUUGAAGAAGAGAGUGCGGCGGCUCUUAGUACUGCUGCUCUCACUGCGAAAAACCAUGAGCUGCAGAGCGACAUGAAGAGAAUUACAUCUGUGUUUGAUAAACUGAAGAACUACAUUAACCUUUUGGCCUUACCCAGUGUUCAGCAGGACGCCAUGCCACAGAGCAGCACCUCAGCUGUCUUCACCCAGCUGGCCGGCUGCCUACACAGUCUCCACGAUGCCAUUAAAGAGAUGUCAAAGCACUAUAACCAGAAGGCCGGCUUAGAGCAGGAGCUCCCCACCAUCACACAGAAGCUCUGCACCACCUCAGAGUGUCUGCUGGGAUCUCUGGGCUCGCUGACCAGCAGCACUGGCAAGAUCGCCACUUUCUUCAGCAACAACUUGGACUUCUUCACAUCCUCAGGAUACAGUCCGAGAACCAGCACACUAUCCCUCAACCCAUUGCAAGCAGAGAGUAUGUUGGCCAACAAAAAGAAAGCAGCCGCUUAUAUUCAAGCGAUCAAAAAGCCCAGGCCACAGACCGUUGCCUACAAAGAAGCCCUGACAAACCGUCGUGUACUCACCAGUUCCACUGAGAGCAGAGAGGGUCUCACUCAACAGGUGAUGCAGAGCCAGGAGAAGAUCGCCCGGCUGGAGCAGGAGAAGGAGCACUGGCUCCUGGAGGCCCAGCUGGGGAAGGUGCGGUUGGAAAAAGAAAACCAGCGCAUUGCGGACCUGGAAGUGCAGCUCACGGCGGCUCUAGGGGGAAGUCCAAACUCUCUGACAGCUGCAGCCAGCACGCUGGCGCCGAGCCACGAGGAAGCGGAGAUGGAGCAGAAAGCGUCGGGGAAAGAGGCUACGCUGUGCACCAGCCUGGUCGGCAUGCUGUGCACCACAUCUACAGUUGAACAUGCGGGAGACGAGGAGUCCAGGGAGCAGCUGAUAAAGACUCACUACAUGGUCCGAGUGGGAGAGCUCACCACCCAGCUGCAGAUCUCCGACAGCAAAGCCGUGCACUUCCACUCUGAGUGUCGCGCCUUGGCCAGGAGAUUAACCAUAGCCGAGAAAUCGCGUGAGACACUGAGCGAGGAGGUCAAGGUGGCAAAUCAGAACAUCACACGCUUGCAGGAUGAGCUGACUACGACUAAGAGGAGCUACGAGGACCAGCUCAGCAUGAUGAGCGACCACCUGUGCAGCAUGAACGAGACUUUGAGCAAGCAGAGGGAGGAAAUCGACACGCUCAAACUGGGCAGCAAGGGAAAUGCCAAAAAAAACAAAGGUCGCUAGAGCUACCCUCGGAACUCUGGCUCCAUUUGAUGUCACAAAGGUUACCUUGAGUGAUGAGCUGGACUGUGGAGCCUCCCAGCAGCGUCCUGGUACCAACACAACCACUGUCUCCAAACCACAGGACGGACACAUGAGCCUCAGAUUCCUCUGCUGUCGGACAGUGGCAGUACAAGUGAGCUGCAUGGAGGCUGCAACCCGUUUGACUGAAGAAGCUUCUGUUUUCCCCCUUUUUCCUUGACACAGCACCAGUUAUAACAAACACAUGAUUCGCUGAAAAAUAUCUGACGUUUUCUGAAACUGCACCGGAAGCUGCUACUUGACCUUUUGGACCACGCAGAGUGGGAGAGAAACUGCUUUUCCUCCACAAGGACAGAGGAAGAUAAACAGCUGACAACAGUAGAAGUUGUUCGCUGAAGUCAAGACUUGAAGACCAAACCCUGUCGAUCAGUGUGUGGACAUUUCCUGCUUCGUGUACAUGUGAGAGAAAAUGAAACUGCUUAUCUGUGAGAGCAGUUGAACAGAGCAAAUGUUGGUGUUGCUGUAUGUGUGUUGUGUCAUUUUGUGACUGUGGCACCAGGCUUUACAACAUGUUUGUACUGUUUCACGCUUACAUUUUUUUUUAAAUCAAAUUUGAGACUAUAGAUUAAAAGCUUUGGUUCCAAUGUCUACAGACAGCAAAAUACCCCGAUAACACAAACCUACAUCAUGAGCGUUGAUAAAGAAGGGCUUUAAAACCUGAAUGAACAAAUGACAACAAAGACACACUUGAAUGAAUUCUACAUUUUGGAAACAUUUCCAUCCUCUCGAGGAGGUGAACAGAAAAAAAGAAGUCUGCCCUGAAGCUCUGAUUAAUGGUUUCUACCGAGACAGAGAGGGUGAGAUGGGCAGGUCGGAGCUCGUAAAGCGGUGUCAGUCUGUCUCUGUCUCUGUGAAGUCACUCUGUAACAAGUCGAUUUUAUCACCAAAGUAAGUGUGGAUGUGCACCGGUGAGGCCACGGUCUCUACAUUCAUGUUGUAAUAUGAAAAAAGGGUUUAUAUGAAUAUACACUCAUUUCAAAUCAUGAUAUAAUUGUACUGUAUAAUUUUUGCAAAAAAUAUAUAAAAGGCAUUUAUUCAGAGGUUACAAAUCUUUAUUUUACACAAAAUUGGGAAAACGAAAUCUGCAUUAAUUUAUCUCAACAAGCCUGAUUCCUGGGUGUGUCGUGCAGGAGUCAACCCAGUGCUGCUUGGGCAACCGGAAUUAUGAGUCAUGGCAAAGUGCAGUGAACAUUUGCAGUAAAAGAGAACGUCUCCGGCUUGUAGUGACAGGAGACAGCUGAAAGAAAAAAGAAAAGCCCAGCAGUGAUGAUGACUAUUCAAACCUUCUCGACCUGCCAGCAAACCUCUUUAUCACAGAGAUUUACCAACACAGCCCCGAACUGAUAAAAGAAUACUUGAUUCUCACAGUGUAACCCAUUGAAAAGCACAUUUAAACAUGUGUCACAUAAUAAAGAGUUUGCUCAACACUAAAA